AUGGGUGAAUUUCUUCCCAGUUUGGAACUGCCUGUAGAGGCUGGCAAGAACCACGCCAUGGACAAAAUCACAGACAAGAUUGCGGCUUUGCCCGCCGAGACGAACUACUGCUCCCUCGAAUUCUUCCCGCCCAAGACGGCCAUGGGUUUCUCCAACCUCCGUGACCGGCUCGAUCGGAUGGCGAGGGCCCUGCGACCACUCUUUGUCAACGUUACCUGGGGCGCCGGCGGUUCUACAGCAACCAAGUCCCUCGAGCUCGCCGAGAUCUGCCAGCGGGAGCUGGGCCUGACAACAUGUCUGCAUCUUACCUGCACCAACAUGAGCCGGAAGCUGAUAGAUAAGACAUUGGAGGACGCAAAGGCUUUGGGUAUUCGCAAUAUCCUCGCCCUCAGGGGCGACCCGCCAAGAAGAGCCGAGUACCGUGAUAGCAACGAGCCACAGACCGACGAUGACGAAGAGGAAGAGUUCCAUUGGGCCGUCGACCUCGUUCGUUAUAUCCGCAAGACUCACGGCGAUUACUUCUGCAUUGGUGUUGCCGCCUAUCCGGAAGGCCAUGCCGAUGAAAGCCAUCCCCUCGGUCAGAGCCUGGAGCAUGACCUUCCUUAUCUCGUCGAGAAGGUGCAGGCCGGAGCCGAUUUUCUCAUGACACAGUUGUUCUUCGACAUUGCAGCGUACGAUCAUUUCGAGAAGACUCUUCGGGAGCAUCCAAGCGGUACAUUCAAGGAUAUCGUGAUUAUCCCUGGUCUUAUGCCUAUCCAGAGUUAUCAAAUGAUCAAAAGGACGACAAAGCUCAGCCACGCCAAGAUACCCGAUGCGCUCAUGGACCGUCUGGAGGCCGUCAGGGGUGACGAUGAAAGAGUCAAGGAGGUGGGGGUGGAUAUUGUCAGCGAACUGGUGGAGCAGAUCAAGGAGAUCAAGGGCAGGACGGCCGAGGGUCCCAAGGGCUUUCACUUUUACACGCUCAACCUGGAAAAGGCAGUAUCGUUCAUUGUCGAAAGAACAGGGUUGAUCCAUCCCGAAACUCCAGAGGAGGAAGAGCUUCAGUCCGCUGUGAGACACAACCCUCUACCGGACAUUCGACUUCUUCGCAUCAACGGAUCCGUCCCCGAUGAUGGAAGACGAAAGGGCUCGAUUGGCUCUGAUCCCAGGGAUCGGGUUAUUAUCCAGGGUCGAUCCACAUCCUAUCCCGACUGGGAAGCGACAGCACAGGAGGCUAGCAUUCCGGCAGAACCCAUCAAUUCCCGCGCUAACACACUGGCUAUUUCAGAGGGCGAAGGCGUACUAGGCCGCGAAGCCACGUGGGAUGACUUCCCCAACGGCAGAUGGGGCGAUGCUCGGUCUCCCGCCUACGGUCAAAUCGACGGCUACGGUGUAAGCCUGCACGUUACGGUGGCCCAGGCGCUUCGGAUCUGGGGCACUCCAAGGACGACCGAGGACAUCAACAACGUCUUUAUCCGCCACCUCAAGGGCGAGCUCACAACCAUUCCGUGGAGCGAAGAAGGAUUCAGCCCGGAAACCGACAAGAUUCGUGACCAGCUCAUCAAGCUCAACUCCAAGGGCUGGUGGUCGUUGGCCUCGCAGCCGGCGGUUAACGGCCUUCGGUCCAGUGAUCCCACCUUUGGAUGGGGACCGGCAAACGGGUUCGUCUUUCAAAAGGCAUUUGUCGAGUUCUUCAUUCCGUCGGCGGACUGGAAGGUGCUCGAACAAAAACUUAGGCACCCAGACUUGAAGGACGAUGUAUGUUUCUAUGCCAUCAACGCCGCCGGUGACUUUGUCAGCUCGGAUGCCGCUGGCUCGUUGGAGGCAGAGGGGGAGAAGGAGGCCAGCACCAAUGCCGUGACGUGGGGUGUUUUCCCCGGCAAGGAGAUUGUCACGCCCACGAUUAUUGAAGAAGUCAGUUUCCGGGCCUGGAGCGAGGAGGCGUUUGGGAUCUGGGGAGAAUGGGCCAAGAUUUAUGGGAAGGGGUCGGAGAGUGAAAAGCUGCUUGAAAAGAUUAGGGGUGAUUCAUGGUUGGUGAACAUUAUUCACCAUGACUUCAUCGAUAGCGAUGCCAUUUGGAGGGUGCUGCUGAACUAG